AUGGGCGGAAGGAGGAAUCGAGAGGACAGAAAUGCCGCACUCCGCGGACGUCGCGAGCGCACUUCCUUUAACCGGAUGCAGCUUGAACACCUUGAAAAUGUGUUCAAGCAAACGAAAUAUCCGGAUUUGUACAAGCGCGAGGAGCUGGCUCGUCAGAUACAGCUGCCGGAAGGACGGGCUCAAGUUAACACGCAGGUGGUCCAAGUGUGGUUCAAGAACCGCCGUGCCAAAGACCGAGCCGCCUCGAAGAAUGGGAUGAUGCUCACCGGCGAGCGUUGUCAGAGUCGGACUCAAUCCGGCUCUUCCAGCGCUGAUACUCCCCCGCCCGAGCCUAAGGUUUCCACGCCAAUCGAGUACAAGCCGAUGACGUUGCCACUACCCGGGACCGCCGAGUUUGAUAUGAGGAAUGAAGCAAAAUACGCAUCUCUUGGGCUGCAACCGGCCGCGUCGACUGCUGCGUACGUACCCACGCCGGAAAUGAAGUACGCAACGAUGGAAAAAGUCGCGAAGGAGGAGCCGAAGUUCGACAAAACCACAGUGGCGGCGACGACGACGUACAUUCCGGACAAAUACCAAGAGACAGCGAUGGCAGCUGACUACGCCUCAGCCUGGGCCUACAGCGGCCACACCAUCAACUACUCCUUCUACAACAACAUCUACUCCCCGUACGCGCAGUAUUACGCAGACCCGUACGCCCACUACGCCCAGGCCCCCGCACCGCCGUAU